AUGUCACACCAAAUCUCCUGCAAAACCGCCAUGGCAGAUCCUCCUACUCAUUUCUUCAAGUUCAUCCCUCCAGGCUUCAAAUUUAACCUUUCGAUUCCAAGUUAUUUCUUGAGGAACCUGAACCGUGGGAGAUGCUUCAAAGUGACACUGAGACGUGGGCGUCACGAAUGGUCAGUGAACAUUGACGACGGGAUAUUUGGUGAUGGUUGGAGGAGAUUUAUGAGAGAAAAUGGAGUCCAAGAGUUUGACUUUAUUGUGUUCAAACAUCAAGGAAGCAUGGUGUUUGACUUUUUGGUGUUUGACCAAUCUACAUGUGAAAAACAAUACCCAAAUCUAUUUGACGAAAUGGAUGUAGAAGAGCAUCUCACAGAAUCUAAUACGAUCUGCACACAUAGGCCGAAGAACCUCAAAAAGCGCAAGACGAACGAUUAUGCAUAUUCUCAAGACCAAGAAAAUUUUCAAGUAAAGAAGGAGACUUAUUCAAGAAUAAAGAAAGCAACUAGUUCCACUCUUAACAAUCACCCAUACUUUAUUUCAACUCUGAAGCCUUGUAGCUUCAAAAAAUCAGCCCUG